AUGAUCAAGUCAAAACGUGGAAGAAAGCCCAAAGUUGAAUCUCAAGUUGAAGCAAAGACCUCUACUACUAGACAUGGUCCUAAGCGACAAUCUAUACUACAAAAUACUCAACUUACUAUAACCCUUCGAAGGGGCAGGAGCAAAGGAAAGAUUAAUGUAACAAUCGAAGCACCUUUCAAUUCUGAAACCAAUAAUGUCGGAACAAAUGUAGACACUACAAAUACUCAACCUACUAUAACCCUUCGAAGGGGCAGGAGCAAAGGGAAGAUUAAUGUAACAAAUGAAGCACCUACCAACAUCAAUUCUGAAGCUACAUCAACUGAAAAUCUUUCAACUGGCCAUAGUGUCAAGAGAAAGUUGGAGAUAUCCCCAGUUAUAGUGAUAAUGAAAAAAAAGAUCUAA